AAGCAGUAAGCAAUAUUAAUAAAUGCACCAAUAAAACAGCAACUAACCACAUACUCCUCCACCUGUAAGGAGUAACUUCACUUCACUUCCUCCAACCCCUUUAUAAUCCCUCUGUUCCAAACAUUCCACCCACCAUUAGCCUUCUUUCCCAUUUCCCAUUUCCCUUUGCUCCAAACAGAAACCAUGAGAAGCAAACAAGCCUCUGCUCUCCUGUUCACUUUGCUUGCUGGGCUGCUCUCUCACAGCCUGGUCAUCCCUGUAUUCUCCUCCACCAUUGCAGACCAGAAAAGCUAUUACUCUCCAGACCCACAUGCCGGAACUCCCCCAACAGGUACCCACAACAACCCUAUGCCGCCGCCACAUGGCUAUGGAGGCACGCCACCGCAUCAGCCCACGCCUACGCCUUCGACACCGUUGAACCCCCCGUCUGGUGGUGGUGGAUACUACAACCCUCCAUCUUCUGGUGGUGGUAGCCCACCAACCACCCCUGUUGAUCCCGGCACUCCGAGCAUUCCAAGCACUCCACCCCCUGCUCCAUUCACUGGUACCUGCAAUUAUUGGCUGAAUCACCCAGGAAUGAUAUGGGGAGUGUUGGGAUGGUGGGGAACGUUGGGAAAUGCCUUUGGAGCAACUAAUGUCCCAGGUUUUGGAACAAACCUCAACUUGCUCCAAGCACUUUCAAACACAAGGACUGAUGGGUUUGGGGCCAUUCUCCGAGAAGGCACUGCUUCGUACCUCAAUUCUCUUGCCAACAACAGCUUCCCCUUCACAACCAAGCAAGUUAGAUCAAGUUUUGUGUCAGCACUUAGCUCCAACAAAGCAGCAGCAGAUCAGGCCAAGGUCUUUAAGUUAGCCAACGAGGGCAAACUUAAGCCCAGAGCCUGAUCUGGCCCCGCGUUGCCUUACCCUUACCACCCUAAUAAUUUGUGUGCGCGCCUUAGUAGUCAGUAGUGAGACAGUGAGACCAAUUGACCAGUGCAUUGUCUUGUUUUGUUUUGUUUUCAUUUGUUGUUGUUUGUACCCUGCAUCUCUCGAUGUUCAUGUAUUUGAACAUCGAAAUGCUCGGUCUUUGUUUUCCAUAUUCAUUGUCACAAGAUUUGUUCCAAGUAGUUCAUUUUGAUUAAUCAGAGUUUAUCUAGAAAUGGGUUGCAAUUAACAGCAUGGACGCUUGCUUUCUGCAGUAA